AUGAAUUAUCGUCGAAUUGUUGUCCCUGACAAGGUAUUGCACAACAGAAUCUGGGAAGGUUCUUGGGCCGAUGAUGCACUCAAAGAAGAUGCAGAGAAUGAAAUAUAUGCGGACUACAACCGCAUCCGAUGGAUCAAAUAUAAAUCCGAGAACUUCUCAGUCGAUGCUCCUCAUAUUCUUGAUCCGUCACCGCAACGAACACCGUUCUUACUUCAAGCAGGAACUUCAGCUGCCGGUAUUGAAUUCGCUGCAAAGCACGCCGAAGCUAUCAUGGUCUCCGGCCUUUCGCCACAUGUAGUCGCACCGCGAGUAGAGGCAAUUCGGGAGAAGGCGGAGCAGCUCGGUCGCGAUCCUAGGAGUGUCAAAAUAUUCGCGAUUGUUACGCCAGUCAUUGGAAAAACAGAUGAGGAAGCAAAAGAAAAAUAUCAAAAGGCACUUAAAUAUGCUAGUGCCGAAGCCGGAUUAACCUUCUACUCUGGAAACGCUGGCAUCGAUCUUUCCAAGUUUGAUCUAGAUACAGAGAUUAAACCUGACGAUGCGACAGUUGACGGUCGUGUGCACUCGCUUGUCAGUAGCCUUAAGUAUAGGGGAGACGAUGUCCCCGCCUGGACACCGCGUAAUAUCGGAAAAGCUAUGGCUAUAGGAGGCAACGGUCCGGUGCCGGUGGGCUCGCCAGAACGUGUCGCUGACGCUCUGGAGGAAUGGGUACGGAUUGCUGAUGUUGAUGGAUUUAAUGUUGGUUAUGUAGUCACGCCAGGCAGCUUCGAAGACGUUGUAGAUCUGUUAAUCCCCGAGCUGCGGCGUCGAGGCACAAAUAUGGCUACAGAUGUGACAACGAAGGAGGCAGCUGUCUUCGCCGAUCCAGCUGACGCUGGCUUGUCUGAUGCAGAGAAACAAGAUGCGCCCCUUACACGGUGGGAGAGAAUUAGCGAGGUGAUUUGGGAUGGUCGUCGAAGCAAAGAAGAGAAGCAGCUCGUUCAGCGGCUGGAUCUGUUCAUCAUGAGCUGGGCGACCUUUGGAUACUUCGUGCGAUUACUCGACUCUAGUAAUAUUACCAAUGCCUACGUUAGUGGUAUGAAGGAGGAUCUCAACUUUCACGGAAACCAGUAUAAUCUACUACAGACAUUCUUUACAUGUGGUUAUUUGGUUGGCCAAAUUCCAUCCCAGUUCAUUCUCACGAGAGAACUGAGCAAACGUAUUGGAAUCUUCUAUUCAGCUAGUUAUGCUGCUAACGGCUUUAAGAAGCGAUGGCAAAUUCUCAUCAUCCCCGCAACCAUCAAUUUUAUUGGCAUGGUCGUUGUCGCAACCGGGCCAAACUACGGUGCAACGUUCUUUGGUUACUUGAUCAAUGCCGCAUCAUGGGGCUUUUGGCCUGUACUUUACGCUUGGGCUAUCGAAAUCAUGCACAAGGACAUGGAAGAGCGAGCUAUCGUUAUUGGUGUUGCUCAAACAUUUGGCCAAGCCUUUAUCGCUUGGGUGCCAGUUCUCAUCUUGAAUGUUGGCAAAUACGCACCAAAAUUCCACAUGGGUUUCAGUGUGAUGAGUGGUGUCAGCGUUCUAGAGUUCGCCAGUAUUUUCAUUAUCCGCUACUUCGCCAAAUGGGAGGAGAAAAAAACAGAAGCUCAAGAAUCUCUUUCCUCGAGUCACAGCAAGACAGCUACAGGUAGGGACCUCGAAUAA